AUGUACCACGUGCUAGAGGCCUCUCCACCCGACGUCGCUGGUGACAACAUGUACCACGUGCUAGAGGCCUCUCCACCUGGCAUCGAUGGUGUCAUAAUGUACCACGUACCAGAGGCCUCUCCACCCGCCGUCGCUGGUGACAACAUGUACCACGUACCAGAGGCCUCUCCACCCGCCGUCGCUGGUGACAACAUGUACCACGUGCUAGAGGCCUCUCCACCUGGCGUCGCUGGUGUCAUCAUGUACCACGUGCCAGAGGCAUCUCCACCUGACGUCGCUGGUGACAACAUGUACCACGUGCCAGAGGCCUCUCCACCUGGCAUUGAUGGUGUCAUCAUGUACCACGUGCUAAAGGCCUCUCCACCUGGCGUCGCUGGUGUCAUCAUGUACCACGUGCCAGAGGCCUCUCCACCCGACGUCGCUGGUGACAACAUGUACCACGUGCCAGAGGCCUCACCACCUGGCGUCGCUGGUGACAACAUGUACCACGUGCUAGAGGCCUCUCCACCUGGCGUCGCUGGUGACAACAUGUACCACGUGCUAGAGGCCUCUCCACCCGACGUCGCUGGUGACAACAUGUACCACGUGCUAGAGGCCUCUCCACCCGACGUCGCUGGUGACAACAUGUACCACGUGCUAGAGGCCUCUCCACCUGGCGUCGCUGGUGACAACAUGUACCACGUGCUAGAGGCCUCUCCACCCGACAUCGCUGGUGACAACAUGUACCACGUGCUAGAGGCCUCUCCACUCGACGUCGCUGGUGACAACAUGUACCACGUGCUAGAGGCCUCUCCACCUGGCAUUGAUGGUGUCAUCAUGUACCACGUGCUAGAGGCCGCUCCACCUGGCGUCACCGGUGUCAUCAUGUACCACGUGCAGAGGCAUCUCCACCCGACGUCGCUGGUGACAACAUGUACCACGUGCCAGAGGCCUCUCCACCUGGCGUAG